AUGGCUCAUGCGGCAGCCCAUGUCGCACACCGUCAAGGCCAGACAAAGUCGAUAGAAUCGGAAAAGUUCAGGACCCUGGCUGUGGGCAUCAUCGCGAAAUGGCUGGCCGAUGAAAGAAAAUCGACACAGGAUGACACGAUUACGGCUAUUGCACGCCUCCUGAUGUUCGAGAAAUACUGGGCCAUCGAUGACCAAUGGCGUGCCCAUAAAAACGGCCUUGUCAGCGUUAUUAAUGCAAGGGGUGGGGUAGAAAAUUUUCGGUCAAGUUGGCGUCUUCAUAUGGUUCUCUUCCUGGCGUUUUCUCUGGCAGAGCCGUCAAGAAAUUCCUCCCCAGCGCAUGUCUGGGAAAUCUCAGAGUACUUUACCCCCGCCACCGUGCAUCCAGCAAUCGAACUUCGACUACACCAGGUUAACCCACAGGCCUCCCAAGGGCUGAUCGCUUACCCUGAUAUUCAUGAAACGAUAACAUUCCUGGCGAGUUUCUCGAACUUAUCGGGAAACGCAUCGCCCAAUGUCCAAGAUCAUACACUCCUCUGCUUGUUCGUACUUGCUGUGAUUUUUCAAGAGUCACUCUACUCGUCAUCGCCGGAAUUUGGUCGCUCCUUCACCGACAAAUUGCCAGUAUUAAACGAAGCUCUGUCUAAGAGCAAGAGUAUAUGGAAACGCUCUUCGCAGGAGCUAUAUGAGUUUCUGAUGGAGGAUCAUUUCAAUCUCCUGCUCAGCCCCUCAGCUCGCAGCUUCAUCACAAAGGUGGCCCAAAACCUGGUUUAUUUGAAUGAGUCCGCACAAGCAGCUGUCGCAAAAUGCCUUCUCAAUAAACUCCUCUGGCAGAGCCAAGAGGUGAAGGCUGAUUCACAUCUCCAAAGUGAUGGAACGCGUUGA